AUGGAAGGUCUCUUAAAUCAUUCUUUCUUUAGAGCGAAUGUAAUUCUGAACUUAAAAAACGAUUGGCCAGAUUUAUUAAUCAUUAAUGGACGUGCACGGCAUCCACAAAGUCAAGGUCUUGUUGAAAGAGCCAAUGCUGUCGUUCAACAAAUGCUAGGCAAAUGGCUCGAUGUAAACAAAACUUCUGACUGGCCAAGUGGUUUAGGACCUGUUAUGUUGUCAAUCAAUAAUUGUACUUCGCAAAGUACAAAGAAAACACCAUAUGAAAUGGUCUUCGGUCAACCAUGCAGAAUUGAUCAUGAAUUUUGGUUAGAAUUACAUAAAGAAUUAUCGACAAGUGAUUCAACUGUUAAUGAAGAAGAUCUACUUGAUUCAUUUCUUCAAAAAUUAAAUACUGUUACUACUUCAGUUUCUAUUAAUAUGAAUGAUCAAAGCCAAAUUUCUGAUGAAACUUCAACAUGUAUAUCAUCUAUUGAUUCACAUAUGAUUUUACCUGUUAAAGAAUUGACAGAAACAUCACAUAAACGAAUUCGAGAUGAAGCUGAAAAAAAUUACAUUCAUACAGCAGAACGUCAAUUGAAAAUUUAUGAACGUGCAUUGAAAAAACAAAAAUCUUUCGAAAUAAAUGAUAUUAUUGGUUUAAAAAUAGCAGAUGUUGAUCGUUCAAAUACAGCACCAUCUAUUUUACCUUGCAAAAUCAUUAAAAUAAUUAAAAAGGAUGAUCCUAUUAAUGUAUUUUAUAAAUUAGCCACACAAGAUGGUAUUAUUAGUGAAUUAUUUUCAUCAUCUGAAUUUAUGGAUUUGACUCAAACCGUCUCAUCCGAUUUACGUAAAACAGAUAUAACUCAAUUAGCAAAUAUUACAUUUAUUCAAGCUUGUCAAAUAUUCACUAAAUUUAAAACAAAUAGACCUUGCAAAUAUAUUCAAAUUAAUAUGGACGAUGAAAUUUCUCAUACACUGGAACAAAUAGUUGAUGGUAUUUGUGUAACAACAACUGAUAAUAGUUUGCAUAAUACAGUAGAAGAAGAUGAUCAUAAUGAUAAGAAAGAAGAUAUAAAUAUAUCUCAAACUGCUAUUCCAACAACAGUUGAACCAACUUUGAUUAAUAUCAAUGAUAUCAAUACCGAUAUUACAUUUCUAUGGAAAAUUCUUGCAUUUGUUACUUGUAUUUAUCCUAAACGAACUUUUACAAAUGGACAUGGUACUGGAGAAAUUUCAAAUUGGGAUUUAACUGAUCAAUCAGGUUCAAUUACAUUGGUGGCUUUCAAUUUAAAUUCCCAUAUAAUGGCUGAUAAAUUGAAAAAGAAUCAAGCAUACGAAUUUACAAAUUUAACAAUUAAAUCUGCAGUGGAUAUUUACAAAACGUUGCCACAUCCUUUUCAAUUGACAUGUACAAAUGGAACACGUGUACGUGAAAUUGAUCCACCAUUUGUUCUUGAAGAAAACACAUAUAAUUUCACACCACUAAACCAAAUCAAUAGUCUUCCAAUGAAUUCCAUAAUUGAUGUUGAAGUUCGUGUUUUACGUGAUUUUGGUAUUUCAACUGGUACAAAAAAUGAAACAAUAUGGAGUCGACGUGAUAUACAUGUUGAUCAAGAUGGAUCUCAUAUUGGUAUGACAUUAUGGAAUGAACAAGCUCGUCUUGUGAAAAAACCUAUGAUUAAUGAUCGAAUUAGAUUUAAAAAUGUAAAAAUAUCAUGGUUUGAUGGUAUUAUUGAAACAGAUACUAAUAGUCGUCGAUUUUGUUAUUUAACAUUAGAUGAACUGAUUAAUGUAUAUCAAUCUUGUCCAGUAUCUGAACGUUCUAUUUAUGAAUUAAUUUGUUCUGAACAACAUGUGAAAGCAUAUAUCGAUUUUGAAUAUUAUAUUAAUUGUAAUUCUGAUACUGAUGAUUGUCGUAUUGGACCAAUUUGUUGUCUUAAAAUACUUCAUUUAUUAUUAAAUUUCGACGAAAAAUUUAAUUAUAAUCAAAAUAUUAAUAUUGAUUUUAUCUUUCAAAAAUUCCUUGUUUUGGAAGCAUCGACUUCACAAAAAAUAUCAUACCAUUUUAUUCAUACAAAUGAAAACAUUCUUUUUGAUAAUAAUCAAACUUUCGGCUUGUUUUUUAAAGUUACAAUUCAUUUUUUUCUUUGGAUGAUUAUCAAACAUAAAUGUACAUCGUUCCAUAUUACUCAAUCAUUAGAAAAAUGCACCAUCCCAAGUUUAAUCGAUUUUUUAGGAAAAUAUGUUAAUCUAUUACGUACAUCUUGUAGAGAAUGUUAUAUAUAUUCGAAAUUUCUUACGGUUGCAGAAGUUGCCUAUCUUUUAGUUUUAAAUAAAGAAAAUCAAUAUACUUUGGCUAUUGAUUUAGGUGUUUAUUCAAAAAAUCAACAAUUUCGUUUAUUUGAUUGUGUAAAAAAACAAAAAGCAAAUGCAUUAAUUCAAAGUCUUUCUUUAACAUCUGCUCAAUCCGUUAAAUAUUCAUAUAAUGAAAUAUUGAAAAACUCAUUAUUAACGUAUCAUGAAAAAACCAAUGUAUUUAUAUUAUCGGAAAAAGAUAAUCAAUUUGUAUAUGAAGAGCUAGAUAUUGUUGAUAAAUCAAUAUUUCAAACUUGUGAAUUGAUUAAUGUAAAUAAACUCAAUCAUCAUAUGAAAAAUUUUUAUCUCAGUUCAACAAACUAUACAAAUAGAUCUAAUCGUAACAGAUCAAAUUUUUCUUCAUCUAUUACAAGACCUAUUAAAACUGAUUUAUUGGACACAACUAUAGAAAAAUUUAAAUCAUUUGUAGAAAAGCUAAUUACAAGUGAUCCGUCUCAUUUAGGCUAUAUUCGAUCAUACGUUCAUGGUAAUCAUAAUUCAGAUGUGAUAUUUUUUAACAUAGGAGGUGAAUAUAGAUUUUGUCCUCUUAUAAAUAGACAUCAUAAAAGAAACACGUCUGCAAUUUUUAUUGACAUAAAUAAUCGGACAUUUACUAUUCGCUGCAAAGAUCCAGAUUGUAAACACACGAAUUUAUUUUGGCAUAAAAUUGAAUAA